AUGACGGCACUUUUCUUCGCUGUGCUGGUACUGUUACAUUUGGUUCAGAGUUUGGAUGCAGCUACACCGUUUUUAAAUACUUAUUUAGAUGAACAAAGCAGGAAUUCUAUGCAGAAAGUUUUCGAAAAAGCCUUAACCAGCAAGGAUAUAACUUCGACUUACCAUGGAGUUGCAGGAUUACGUUUACUGGGUGUUACGGUAGAUGGUGCAAAAUUAAAGACCGUUUGCGAUAUUGCAAACAGUGCGGAAACACAGGACAUUUCUUCACUUUAUGCAAAGUCGAGCAUUAUCGCCAUAUCGAAAGCUCCUGAAUGCAAAAUCAUUGCUGUUAAAGGGGCGAAAGAAAUCAUUGAGGGAACCGCAAAGGCUCAAAAGCCUGUAGCACAGGAUUUAUACUAUGCUCUCGCUGCCGCUGCUAAUAUGGGUAUAAAAGUUUCAGAAAAUGAUUUUGUGGCUGCGCUCACUACUGCAAUGAAGGAGGGAUCUGCAUCUAGUUUGGCGUACGGACUGAACGCCGCUUCAUUACUAGAGAAGUCUAAAGCCGACAAAUUUCUCGUUAGAGUUGAGGACUUGAUAGGUCAAGCUGAUGAAGUCGACGGCAAAUACUUGCAGCUUGAAGGGGGAAUUUCAAUAACAGCUCUUGGUAUUCAUGGUAUAUAUGCACUUGCCGAUAAAGUCAAUAAAUCGCCGAAUGUGAAAAGUGAUGAGGCAGUAAAGCUGGCUAGUUAUUUGCUCAGCAGAAAAGGCGUUCAAAGGGAUCGAGCAGCUUUUCUCCUUCUUGAGGCCCUGAAUAAAUUUGCCGAAAACAAUUUCCAAAUUCCUGUCUCCUUCUCAUUGGCCAGUAAUAUGGCAAUGUCUGACACACAGAAGAAUGUCAAGAUUCGCGUAUGCAAUGUUUUGGGCAAAAGUGUUGGCCUUUUAUCAGUAAGCGUAGACGCAAUAACUCAUACAGCGUCAAAGGAGAUUGUUUCUACUCGCAAACAGCUUACUCGUGUAGCUGAUGAUAAAUCUAAUACAUUAUACGAACUAACACUCAGUGGAACAAAAUCUCGAGGAUUUUAUUUGCUUUCUUUGACUGCUGGUAGCCAGGAUAAAAGGCUGAUUGGAACCAAUGGCGCAACAGUUCUUAUCAAGCUUUUGGCUAAAGUUCGUAUCGAGAAGGCUACAGUUGCUGUUGGCGAUCGUGAACUUCCAAAGCUUACUAAUGUCAAUUCAGUUAAAGAAGGUGCGAAAUUGGGUAAAGUGCUUGAAGCAGAUACACACAGCAAAAUGGAAAUUAAAUUUGUGGUUCGAGAAGCUGAAACUGGCGAAACUGUAACGGUACAUCAAGCGUUUGUGGCCUUUGUUCAUACCAAGACCAACCAAGAGAUUAUAUUUGUGGCAACACCGAAUUCUGCGCGCACUUACACCUUUGAUUUGGAUUUUGCUGACAAGAUAGUGAAAGACUUCAGUGGUGUCUCUGGAACGUACGCUGUUCAUUUAAUUAUUGGUGAUCCUGCCAUCUCUCACGCUAUUGAUUGGAACUUGGUGAAUGUCAAGUUGGACCUACCUCCAAUGCCAACUCGUAAAGUGAAAAAAUCUGAAGAGAUAAUAUAUGAUAAGCUACCUGAAAUAAAGCACAAGUUCCGCGAACCAGAAAAACGUCCUCCUAGUUUGGUGUCUGAUACCUUCACCGUAAUUUGUUGUGUUCCCUUGCUUAUUCUUUUGGGCAUGUGGUUUGCUAUCGGUAUCAAUUUCGGUGAAAUGCCAGUCUCCUUGUGGACUUUGCUAUUCCAUAUUAGUUUGGGAGGUGUUUUUGGACUAUAUGUGACGUUUUGGUUGAAACUUAAUAUGUUUGAUACUUUGAAAUAUCUUUCCCUUAUCGGUGCGGUUUUAUUUAUAUCAGGAAAUCGUCUUCUCAGGAUGAUUGCUUCGUCAAAAAAGUAG